ACACCAGUCUCCUUGCAGGAGUAGAAAAGAGGGCACAAGCACACUGGCUUCAGCUCCUGCAGUCCUGGGCAGCCUAGAGGUCAGGGGUCGCAGCUACAGCCAGGAACUUGAGGAAGCCCCUCCCCUUCCUGUCCGUUCUCUGGGGUCGCGCCCUCUCACUCCUCGAGGUCAUCUUGGGUCACGGCCUCACACCCCGGUCGGCAGGGUGGAUGUGCGACCCCAAGGUGACAUAGGGGUCUCCCCUGCUCGACCUCUGACCCCUUUGAGCAUGGGGUCUGCUCCCCCUUCGCCUCAACCCUCCGGUUCAACCAGAGGUCAACCAGAGGUCAACCCCGCCUUCAUGAACCCCAGCCUAGACAGAAGACACGCUCCUCACCGUCCCAGCGCUGCCUUCACGACCCGCCACCAGCCCGUCCCCCGCCGGCCCGCGGGGAAGCCCGUGACCUCCGACCUCUACCAGGAGACAGAGCACCAGCCAAUCAGAGGGCCCGAGAGCAAGGCCGAUGCCGUGUUGACCAGGCUGUGUGGCUGCGAUAAGCUUCUCCAGUCUCUGGCCAUCGAGAUGGCCCAGCUUCGAGCGGACAAGGACAGCCUGCAGUGCACCCUGGAGAUGACCCGACUGCAGCUGGAGGAGUGGGGGGGUCAGGAGGGGGUCAGGGGUCCGGAAGGGGUCAUCUCCCAGCAGGCCGUGCUGCAGGAGGAGCUGGUCCAGACCCGAGCCAGGAUCUGUGAUGUUGCCACGGAACAGUCUCAGGCUCAGAGAGAGAUCUGGAUGAUAGAGGACAUCCUUUGUGGUUUGAGCCCCAACAAGAACAACUUCCGGCUGGCGAUGGGCUCGUCCAGGCAGACAGGGAUGACCACGCCCUCCUCCGCAGUCCUCCACCGGCCAGUCCUCCACCCUGGGGCACCCGUCCCAUCAGGCUUUGCUGCGCCUGCGCCAGACUGGCUGCAGAGCGGGGUCUCUAUGGAUGAGGAUUUGGACACCCCCCCGCCCCGCCCCCCUUUACCUCAGGAACACCACAGGGCCAAUCAGAACAGAGAGGCGGGGCUCGGCUGGCUGGACAGCGAAUCAGAGUCUGAGCCUGUCUCGCCCCAGUGGCCAGCGAAGAGCCCAUCUGUCUUCCCCGCAGAGAGCAGUGCAGCAGACACACAGACAGCCUACAGCGCCCCCUGUUGGCCCAGCCUGGACAGUGCCAGUAAGGUAAAACGCCGGAGGAACUGA